GAUGGAGGUCACGAAAUGUAUUUAAACAGCGUCGCCCUGUCUCGAGCGAAUUUCUUCAAGGACGACCAAGCCGCAUCGCACGUGUCAACUAUGCAUCGAAUGUCCGCUUUGGCGGUCUUGCUCUUGCUGGCCAUCUCCCUCCAGAACGCCAGUGCGCAUGGCAAGCCAAGCCUAUGCUACCUUCCACGUAGUAGGGGCCUGUGCUACGCCUACUUCCCGUCGUACUACUACGACAGUUCCAGUGGAACCUGCCAAGACUUUAUCUAUGGAGGGUGUCAAGGGAACGAAAAUCGAUUCUCCUCUAGAGAGGAAUGCCUGCGAACCUGCGGUUGAAGCUACUUGUCUGAAGCAUUGCUGUAAAAGUUUUCGUCAUCGCAUUAAACAUGACUUCAGUUGAUCGCA